AUGUACAAACAUUUGUUUACAUUAUUGUGUUUUACAUGCUGUGUUUUGCAUUAUCAGGUGCCAAGGUCCAUCUGCAGAGAACCAUGCCCACCAGGGACUCGUAAGGCCAUAAACAAGUUUAAGCCAGUGUGCUGUUUCGACUGCUUUGGGUGCCCAGAGGGAACAAUAAGUAAUCAGACAAAUUCUCCAGAAUGUUUGAGCUGUCCUCCUGAAUUCUGGCCAAAUGAAAAGAAAGAUCAGUGUCAUCCAAAACCUACUGAAUACUUGUCUUACAAAGAGGUCAUGGGGGCACUUUUAACUGGAUUUAGCUGUUUCGGUGUAUUUUUAUCCCUUCUGACACUGAUAAUAUUUGUGGCUCAUAAAGAGACUCCCAUUGUAAAAGCCAACAACUCUGAACUGAGCUUUAUGCUGCUCUUCUCCUUGACUCUGUGUUUCCUGUGUUCUCUGACCUUCAUCGGCCGGCCCUCUGAGUGGUCCUGCAUGCUGCGACACAUAGCAUUUGGGAUCACCUUUGUCCUCUGUAUCUCUUGUGUUCUGGGCAAAACUAUAGUGGUUUUAAUGGCAUUCAGAGCAACACUUCCAGGCAGCAAUGUGAUGAAAUGGUUUGGUCCUACACAGCAGAGGCUCAGUGUGCUGGCUUUCACCCUCAUUCAGGUUGUGAUUUGUAUCCUUUGGCUGACAAUCAGCCCUCCAUUUCCAAAGAUGAACAUGAAGUACUAUAAAGAAAAGAUAAUCUUAGAGUGUGCCCUGGGUUCAUCUAUUGGAUUCUGGGCUGUGUUGAGUUAUAUCGGACUUCUUGCUCUCUUGUGUUUCAUACUUGCUUUUCUUGCUCGAAAGCUGCCAGACAGCUUUAAUGAAGCCAAACUGAUCACCUUCAGCAUGCUGAUAUUCUGUGCAGUCUGGAUCACAUUCAUCCCAGCAUAUGUCAGCUCUCCUGGCAAGUUCACCGUUGCUGUGGAGAUAUUCGCAAUCCUGGCAUCCAGUUUUGGUUUGCUGGGAUGCAUAUUUUUCCCAAAAUGUUAUAUUAUUAUCUUAAGACCAGAGCAAAACUCCAAAAAACAUUUAAUGGGAAAAAUACCACAGAGGACUCAAUAA